UUGUUCCACCUUUAUUCAUGUCUUAUAUCGGAUGUGCUUUGUAUUAUCCAAGGCUGGGUUUGUAGCAAAAGGAGAGGGAUCAUUUGAGGAACCCUCUAUGGUUACCAAAUCACCGAAUUUGGGAUUGACUCCUUCCAGCUGCUCUGAGCUCUUUGCUGGUUCGCCUCAAUGUACCCAAAAGGAAUCAAGUGUUGUUGACUUGGGAGCUGAUGAAGAUGCUAAGUGUCCUCUCCUCAAGAGAAAGUCUGCUGAUGCUGUGGUGGAUAAGUUAAAUGAAGUGGAUAGUUCUAAAAAUUCAUGUGAUGAAGUUGAAGAAAGUGAAGAAGUGAAUAGUGUUGCCAAAUUUUUUUUUGACAAGGAGUAUAUGGUUGCCAUUAAUCAAGACUCUAUUGAUGCUGAGAAAGAUGUGAAGCCUUCAUUGAAGAGGUUGAGAAGAUCUUUAAGGCUGCAAUUUGAUGAAGCUGAUGAGCCUCGUGGCUUGGGGAACGAUAGCUCAUCUGAACAUGGGGUUAAUUGA